AUGGCGAAUAAAACAUACUGCUCUGGUUCCAGUACAGCAGAUGUCGAAGCUUAUCAAUUUUUCGAUGAACCCACCUCUGGAGUGCCCAGUUGGCAAUACGGUUAGUUUCUCGGGUAGAAGAAGAGCUCUAACUAACUACCACUCAGGCGAUCGACCAGCCUUUGGAAAACCAGAUAUCGCCACACUCCAAGUUGGUGGUAACAACAUCGACUUCCAGGUAUCAUAUUCAACUGUAUCAUAGAAACAAGUUUACCUUUUGGAGCUGGUCCAACUUAUCACACUUGCGAUGAGCAGAGACAGAUCUCUUGGGACCUGAUCAAGGAUCCUAAGCUGGUUGAGAAUAUUAGUAACACUAUCAAGAAAGUUGUUGAGAGAGAUCGCAAAGGCCCAAUUGGUGACCGAUUCAGGCUUUACGUCCCUGGGUUUGCCCAAUUCUUCGAUACCACCACCAAAGAAUGCGAUACCGUCACAUUCGCUCGAACAGCCAACCCGAAGGACGAUGGGAAAGAGCAUACGAGGAUGAUCCAAGCGAUUCGAAAGGACUUUAAUGAUAUGAUCGUGGGUCUCAAUAAAGCCAUCGAAGACGCGGUUGAGCAAAACAAGGACCAAAAUGUCAAGUUCGUUUCAAUCGACGAACAAAUGAAAUGA